AUGGUCAGUAAAAAGCGGAAAAUUACCCCUGAUGAGGAGGCUGAAGAUGAGGCCUACUACGUCAGUGUUAAGGACAUGCCUUUUGAUAUUCUGCGCCAACGCAUUGCCCAAUCUACGGGCGCUGAGCGUAGAGCGGCCAGGAAGGAACUGCUGCUGAAGAUGGGUGCCAAGCCGGAGAAGCGCAGUUGCGUUAAUUACCGUCAACUGAUGGAGGAGAAGAAGGCAGCCAAGCGUGCCGCUAUCACAGACUAUCGUAAUGAGCGUUUCAAAAAGACUACCCUCGAGAGGCAGCUAGGCAAGCAUACCAAAAGUAAGAAGAGUAAGAAACGAGCUCGAAAGCUGGGCAAGCGUCCCUCCGCUGCUGCUGGUUCUAAGUAA